AUGUGUUCCUUUUCUGCACUGGAAUCCAUCCGCAAGCACCUCCUAGACGACGAGCCGCCGACAGAUCAGGUGGCUGCAGAUUGCUAUACGGCGCCGUCCCCUGCCCGUACAGAGAGCUUCCUAAGCAGCCUACUCUCAACCACCGAUUGGAGCGACAUUUUGCACCUCCUCGACGACGACGACGAGCCGGCUGCAGAUAGCUAUACGGCGCCGUCGCCUGCCGGGACAGAGAGCUUUCUAAGCAGCCUAAUCACGGCCGCUGAUUGGACCGAUAUUUUGUCGGAAUCGGUAGAUACGGCGCCGUUUCCGGCAGCCGUACUGCCGAAGAAGGCGCAUUACAAGGGAGUGAGGAGGCGGCCGUGGGGGAAGUACGCGGCUGAGAUUAGGGAUCCGAAGAAGAACGGCUCCAGGAUCUGGCUCGGGACUUACGAGACUCCGCAGGACGCGGCUCUGGCUUACGACCGAGCCGCUUUCCGGAUGCGCGGCUCCAAGGCCAAGCUCAACUUCCCACAUCUGGUCGGCUCAUCAGCCGAUUACGAGCCGGUUAGGGUGACCAAUAGUAAUAAGAAGCGCGGCUCGCCGGAGCCGCCGUGCACGCCACCGUCGUUUUCGUCCUCCUCCUCCUCCUCGUCGUUGUUGUCGUUCUCGGGAGCGGAAAUGGAAACGGAAUCACCAAAGGCGAAGAAAAGUAAGAUGAGCAUGAUCGAGUCGUACGUGGAACUGGAAGCUGGGUGGGAUUUGACCUGCUCGGAUAGUCAAAUGCCAUUUGGCAGCGGAUUAUUGGUUGAUCAAUAUUCUACAAUGUAA